GCACGCAAAGCACGAUUCGCGCAGUGUGAGUGGCGCAGUGACCAAUCUGAGACAUCGAAAUAGGCCGCGUUACACAGAGUGAAGCCUUCACUAACCCCGGGACAGAGCCCCGGCCGUUCACCGGCAGGUCCCUGACUCCCCCUGGGCACAAUGUACAAUGGAAUUGGUCUUCCUACUCCACGUGGUAGUGGCACCAAUGGCUACGUGCAGCGUAACUUGUCAUCGGUCAGACACAAGAAGGACCGCACUGACUACAAGUCUGAGGAAGAGCUGAAGAAGCUGGAGAAUCUGCUGGUGAAAAAACCUAACCAGGAAAUUCUGGACCAUGAGAGGAAACGGAAAGUGGAGUUGAAAUGUUUGGAGUUGGAAGAGAUGAUGGAGGAGCAGGGGUACAGUGAGGCAGAGAUCCAAGAGAAGGUUGCUACUUUUCGUCUGAUGCUGCAGGAGAAAGAUCUGACUCUAAGAGAAGAGGAGAAGCAAAAAGCAAAUAUAUCAGAAACUCACCAGCUGGCUGAAGCAAACGAGAAGAAGAAUGAGCGCCUGCGAGCAGCAUUUGGCAUCAGUGAAACCUAUGUAGAUGGCAGCAGCUUCGACCCCAACCGAAGAGCAGCCGCUGCUGUUAAACAGCAGGGACAGCAGAAGCCAUACAGUUCAGUGGCAGAAGCUGGCAGCUCCCGUUCUCCUUCACCCACAAAGCACAAAAAGAAGAAGAAAAAGAAAGGCCGUGGACGAUCUUCCAGUCGCUCUCCGAGUCAGAAAAAGAAGUCCAAGUCCCGGAAGCGCAGGUCCGAAUCCACCUCCAAGAAGAGGAGGCACAGGUCCCCCAGUCCUAAAAUCAGAGACAAAUCCAAGGAGAGGCGAAACAGGUCUCCUAGCCGAUCACCAAGAAGAAGAGAACGUUCGUUAUCCUCUCCAGCCAGGAGCUCUCGCAGCAGGUCCAGAAGCAGCGCUCACAGGAGUAAAUCUGAUAAACGGAGAGAGAGGAAGCAGUCGCUGUCUCCUAAGAGAGCCCAUAACCGUGACAGAAGCCACAGCUCUGGGGACAGGCGUCACAAGAGAGACAAGUCAAGAAAAGAGACCAACAGAGAUGAAUCUUCUUCCCCUAAAAGAACUAAAGAAGUUGAGGUAGAGAAAUCAUUAAAAGAUCUUGUGAACAGAGACAAGAAUUCCAGACCUGACAAACAUCUAUCAGCUCAAGAAGAAACUUUAUUAGCUGGCAAGAUUCCCCAAAAAAGUAUUAGACGGGAAAGUCCACCCGAAGUGUUCUCCAAAGAUAAAGGUGGAGAUGGCAGAGAAAUAUCAAAAACCCGUUCUCCAGUAAGGAUGUCUCCUAGAAGUGAACAAAACACAAAACAGUCAAGGAGGGGCCGAAGUUCGUCAAGAGGGCGCCCAUCCCCUAAAAAAGAGUCUUUACCAAGGACUUCUGGGAAAAGAACUGCAGUUUCUCCCAAAAAGAAGCUUUUAUCAUCUGAGAGUGAUGCCUCUGAUCUGGACCAAACCCAGACGGGCAGAGGUCGGAUAGAUGUAAGAAGUAUUAAGAAAACUAGAGCAGAUGAUGAAACAAGAGAUUUUAUUCAAGAAAGGUCUGUGACACCAAUAAAAGGGAGGUCAAAGCACGUAAGAUCUAGACAUAGCUUGCAACAUGCAGAGUCAAGGAGAAGUGUUUCUAACAGUCCUCAAAGACGAGGCAGAUCUAAGAGUCCUCAAAAGAAAGCCCGGUCCCCUUCUAAGACACCACCAAGGAAGGCCAGAUCCAGGACCCCUCCACGCAAAGCUAGGUCCUCUUCCAGCACACCACCAAGAAAAGCUAAAUCAAAGAGCCCUCCACAGAAAGAUAGGUCUCCUCAAAGAAAAGCACAGUCACCGUCUCUUACUCCACCUAGGAAUGUCAAAUCAAGAACACCACAACGCUGGCCUCGAUCUCCAUCCCAUACUCCUCCAAGAAACUAUCAAGAUAGGUCCCGAUCUCCAAGAGGAACUGGAAGACCCCAGUCUCCACGCAGGAGGGCAAAGUCUCGAUCUGAAACACCUAGGAAGAUUGGAAGUUCACAAACUCGUUCACCUAGGAGACGAGCAAGGUCACGGUCUAGAUCUCGGUCUAGAUCUCCAUAUGCUAGACAAAGGUCCCGCACUCGUUCUCCAGAUAGGAGAGCAAGAUCACGUUCUCGGUCAUUAAGGCAGAAGAAUCGAUCUAGAACUAAGCCAUUUUUGGCAAGGUCACGGUCAGCAACUCCAAGCAGUCGAACCAGAUCAGAUUCUAGGUCAAGAAGGGGUCGAAGACGAUCACCCACUGACUCACUAAAGGAUUCCAGGUCACCACCUAGAACACCAUUGAAAGUUUUGCAACAGAGCUCAAAGUUUAAGAACCGGCAAUCUAGAUCACGAAGUUUAUCUUCAACAAAGAUCAAAUCUCAUUCUGAGGCACCCAUAAAAAGGGCAAGAUCACGUUCUGUUAGUCAGAUAAAACAGUCUUAUUCCAAAGUUACUCAAAAGAGAGGCAGUUCUCAGAGUUCGAGAGUACACCCCCAAAUUUUAAGGAAAAGGUCAUCAUCAGCUUCCAUAUCUCCUGUGAAGAAAAUGUCUUGUUCCCCAAGCCCAUCCAGAAGGUCUUUAUCCUCUUCUAAAAAGCAGAAAUUCCAGAGUGAUAACCAGGGAAGUGUGUCACGAUCACCCUCUCCCAGAAGUCCAAGUCCAGCUACAGCAAGGAGGAUUAAAACAAAAUCUAGCAGACAAAGUUCUUCUCCAGAUGCCCAUAAGCCUAAUAUUUAUAGGCAACCAUCUGACUUUCCACAGACUUUUAGAACUACAUAUAGAGAUUCAGUCAAAGAUUCAGCCCAUAGAAGAAGUCAUUCAAGAUCUUCUACUUCACAGAGAUCACACAGAAGCAAGUCUGCUGAAAAGUCCCCAAAUAGAACUGAUAAGAGAGCCUAUAAUGAAAGUAUACAGCCUAGAAGAAAAAAGUAUGCAUCAUCUCCAGAGCACAGAGUGAAACUUAAAGAUAUGUCCAAAAUUCAAUGUGCAAGAAUGUCAAGGUCUCCCCUCCAAAGUCAGUCUGUAGAAGACUCAACGCAAGGGCGUAUGGUUUCAUCAAGAUCUUCAACAGAUUCCAAGGACGAUCGUUCUAGAAUUGUUCAGCCGCGCAGCCGCUCUGAAUCUUCAGGGAAAGAGAUUAGGUCAAGGUCGGCUUCACAAGAAGAGACCAGUUUAUCUCAGGAACGUAAAGAAAAAUCCAGGGCUCUUCAACAGAGAGACAAAACUAAAUCCUCCACAGAAUAUAAAUCUAGACUCCAGACAGCUCAGAGCAAAAGCACCCCAUUAGAGCUUUCUGCCAAGUCAAGACCACCUCAACACACAGAUACAUCUGACUCGUCCUCUGAACAUGAUUCAGAUCCAUCUCACUUAAAAUCCAGAUUAGGUUCAUUAUCUGAACGUAAAGAUAAAUUGACGGCUUCACAAGGGACAUCCAGGGCAGGUUCUCGCAAAGCUAAAUAUCUUUCCCCACAAAGAACUAGCUCUGCUUCCUCGUCUGAAAAUGAAAGAAGAUUAAAGCCAUCUCAACGCAAAGCCAGAUUAAGUUCAUCUUCAGAAAGUGAGACAAUAUCUGAGAGAGAGCGACAUAAAGCUAUGUCAACAUUACCUCCUGACCAUGAAACUAUGCAAAAAGAGAUUACAGCAAAAGCAAGACAGACUGUAAAGACUGAUGCUGUCUCAUCAUCUGAAAAGAAUCAUAAACCUAGACAAGCUGUAGUAAGAAGUUCUAGGUCACCUUUACGAGAAACUAUAUCCAUUCCCCUUCAACGUGGAGCAAGUUCUAGUUCUUCAGAGCGGGAACAGAAGCUUACAUCUAGGCUACAUCAACAUAGAACUAGCUCUAGCUCAUCUGAAAGGGUCUCUAAAGUAAAAUCACCUCAGCCAAGAACUCGCUCUGAAUUAUCUUUAAGUAAAGAGCAUAAAUCUAGGGCAUCCAAACAGAGAGCCCACCAAGGAUCAUCCAUUGAAAAGCAACCUAAAACUCUCUCACCCCAUCAUAGAGCUAGUUCUAGUUCAUCUUCAGAAAGGGAACAUAGAGCUAGGGAACCCCAACACAGACAUAGCUCUAGAUCAUCUUCUGAGCGAGAACACAGAUCUAAGACAUUCUAUCGCAAAGCUAGAUCUGGAUCAUCUUCAGACCGAGAACGCAAAGCUAGACCACUCCAGCACAAAGCUAACACUGGAUCGUCAUCAGAACGGGAACGUAAAGCUACGGUGUUGCAGCGUAAAGUUAGCUCUCGGUCCUCUUCAGAACUGGAACGUAAAGCUAGGGCAUCCCCACUUGGAGCUAGCUCUGGAUCGUCGUCUGAACGCCAACGUAGAAGUAGCUCUGAGUCCUCAAUAGAGCGUAAACACAAGUCUAGAUCACCCAUACAUAGAAAGAGCUCUGGUUCAUCUUCAGAAAGGGAAGGUAGGCCACUUAAGCACAGAAUGUGUUCUGGGUCAUCAUCAGAACGGGAGCCUACAGCUAAAUCACUCCAGCUCAAGGCUAGUACUGGGUCAUCAUCAGAGGAGGAAGCUAAAGUUAGUUCACCACGCCUCCGAGCUAGAUCUGAAUCAUCAGGAGGGAAGGUUGAAGUUAGGUCACCCCUGCACAGGCCUAGUUCUAGAUCAUCAUCUGAAGGAGAGACUAAAGCUAGUUCACCCCGACGUAAGAGUUCAGCUUCAGACCCUGAACGAAAAACAAAGUCUGUGUGGAACAGAGCUGGAUAUGGUUCAUCUUCUGAAUAUAAUCAUAAAACUCGAUCUCCCCAGAGGAAAGAUGAUCAUAAAACUCGAUCUCCCCAGAGGAAAGAUGAUCAUAAAACUAGAUCACCUCAACACAGAAAUAGUUCUAGUGUAUCUCCAGAAAAGGAAGUUAAACAGCGAAGAUCAGACAAGCAUAGAUCUAGUUCUGGGUCAUCAGAGCGGUUGUUUAAAUAUCAGCCAAUCACGCAAAGAACUAUGCCUGUAUCAUCUUCAGAAAGGAACAUUAACUCCAGCCCAUCUAAGCCAAGGACUAGCUCUGAAUCCUCGUUAGAAAGAGGCAAUAAUGUGUCAUCCCAACCCAGGGCUGCUUCAUGUUUGUCAUCAGCAGAAGGUAAAUCAAGGGCAACUCAAAGAUCUCAUUCUGGAUCAGUGGAACAUGAACAUAAAACUAGGGGACAACCGCAUACUGCUGCUUCAUCUGAGAAGGAGCAAAUAUGUAAAUCACAGCACAGAUCUAAUUCAGAGUCCUCUCCAGAAAGGGAAUCCAAAUCCCAGCAGCUUAGACUUGGCUCUGCAUCCUCUUCAGAAUGGGAUUAUAAAACUGUGACCGCCCAACAUGGAAUUCUUUCUGGAUUAUCAGAAUCUGAAUCCAGGUUAUCUCCUAUUAGCUCAAAAUCCAAGGAUCCUCAAAGUAAAGUAAAUAUUAGUUCCUCAGAUAGAGAGAAUGAAACCAGGUCAACUGAGCUGAAAGCUCAGCCUGGGUCAUUGUAUAAUAUUGGAUACAAGUCCCCUCCAUUCAAAGUUUCUGCAACAUCUGUGUGUGUUGACAAGGCAGCAACACUUGCAAAUAAGCCACUUUCUUCAUCUUUUGAGAGAGACUAUAAAUCUAAUGACAUAUCACCUGUUUGCCAAAAGAAACUGGAAUCCUCAGAGUCUGAAGCUUCAUUAGUCGUCAGUACUCAAACCUGCAAACCUGCAUCACCCUCAUUGUCUAGUAAUAAUGAUUCUUUAACAGUUGUAUCAAAAACAGAUUUGCAGCUUGGUAUGCAACAUAAAUUUUCAAAUAAAUCCUCUAGCUGUUACCAAACACAGAGUUUUUCACCAAAAAUCUUUGUUGGUUCUUCACCUAAUCAUAUUGCUGUUUCUCAAGCACAUACACUUGAAAGCGCAGAUGGAAAAGAGAGACUUUCUGUUGAAAGUUUAGUCAGACCCUUAGAAAAUGUACAUUCAAAAAUUACUGGGCAAAACAUUGAUGGCGAGCAUUUAGCUUCAGCUGACCUCUGUUCUGGGUUAGAUGGGUCAGAACCCUUAUAUAGAAUGCCUCAACUAAAUAAGGAUGAAUUGAUUAAGGAGCCUGUUCUGGAAUCCAAAGUGUCUUCUUUCUCGCAAAGUGACAUUCCACUCAGUUUAGCUGUCGAUAUUGAGCACUGUGAGGUUUCUGAAGAAGUUUCUAAACAAGAAGUAACUGCAUCAUCAAAAACAAAGAAACCGCUAUCCAACAAGCAGAGUUCAACCUCUUCCUCAUCAUCAUCAUCCUCUUCAUCAUCCUCUUCCUCCUCUUCAUCAUCCUCCUCUUCAGAAUCAUCAUCUUCCUCCUCUUCAUCAUCCUCUUCAUCCUCCUCUUCAGAAGAGGAUGACGAGAGAGAACCCCCACCAAAACAGAAAAGUACUGUAUCGCCUCCCUCAAAGAGGUUGCGGAUAGAUCAGAUUUCUCCCUCAUCACCCACUUCUAAAUCCAAAUCUGUGGAAAUAUGUGUUAAAUCACCAGUGUCCUCUACAAUCAAGACAGAUGUACUUUCUGGUUGUGUUUCUUUGCCUCUACCAGCUAUGAUUGAUUCAUCUUUAACCGUAGCUGAAAAGAAUAACUUCAGCUCUCCAAAGACAGCUUGUGGGAAAAUUGCUUCUCCCUCUGGAGACAGAUCUUCACCUGGGCAUAAAAUCAGCGAAUUUCCAUGUGAAGAUUCUGUUUGUUCUCCAACGAUAAACAUUGAUUAUAUGACUCAAAAAAAGUCUCCUGCAGUACCUAACAUAAAUGUGUCCCUAAGGAACAGAAGCCCAAAUGAGUGCACAGGAUCCACUGUGAGUAGUAGAUCAAGGUCUCCUCCAAAAACCACCAAGAUUAAUUUUUCUGGACCAUGUUGCUCGCCAUCGAUGGAAUCUUUUGAAAAAUUAGAUGUUUUACUUAUUGAAAGCACAAAUUCCACCCCCCGCGAACAAGAAGGGAAAGAAUCUGUUAAAGACAAAAUUGGUUCUUCUGUUCAAGGAAAAUCUCAACCUUUUCCUAAGGACAUAAUUAGUGAAACAUCUACAAAAAAUAGCUCGCCUUCAUCUUCUGAAGAUAGUAGUUCUGACUCUUUAAGUCAGCGCAGUAACUCUCAUGAACGCUUUGCACUAGAAAAGCCUCCACCUAUAAGACGAAUUGCAUCACCUGUCCAAGAGAAGUACUCCCCAAGACAAGAACAGAAACGACCUGAGCAAAUUAAAGUAAUAAGGCACAGCCGUUCUGCUUCGUCUGGAAGGUCUCCUUUAAGGCGUUCUAUAGAGAGGGAAAUACGCCUACAGAAAAGACGGUCUCUGUCACGGUCCCCUCUUAGAAAAGAUACUUUAAGACAUAGAGCUAGAACACCUCCAAGAGCCUUUAGAUCACGCUCCAGAUCCAGGACAGAUCGAAGGUAUCGCAGAGACCGUUCAAGAUCGUCUCCAAGGUCCCCCUCCUGGCAAGAAAGAAGGCGAUGGAUUCGACGUAGGUCUCCAUCUCCGAGACGAGGCCGUUCAGGAUCGCGCUCUCGUGCAGAGAGGGUUUGGCGAUCCCGCCGUGGUCGUUCUGGAUCAUCUCCAUGGAGAGGCAGAUCAAGGUCUUUAUCAAGACAUGAGGUUUCACGUUACCCUCGUAGAGGUAGGUCAAGGUCUACCUCCAGAAGAAGAUCCCGGUCACCUCGUAGAAGAGAGAGGCCCAUAAGCUACUACCGUAGAGAGAGGUCAACUUCCUCACCAAGGCGUAGAAGAUCCCGAACGCCAUUAAGAAAGUCGCGUACACCUGUAAAACGGGGAAGAUCUCACUCAUCUGACAGAUCUAGAAAGGCACAGCGCAGCAAAGCUGUAACUUCUCCUAUAGUAGGUCGAUUCUCACCCACCCCAGGGAAGUCUGCAUCCCCUAUGAGAAAAGAAAGACCUGAGAUUUCGCAAAAUGUUACACCCUUACCGAUAGGGCUUUCAAAGACAGAUUUUGUUUCAAAGGCUGGAGAACAAAUUUCCUCAAAACAUGCUCACGUAGAGACUUCAGCUAGGAUAAAGUACCCAUCUCCUCCACUUCUGGAAAAACACUCGGAAAAAUCUGGAAAAAAAAGUUAUCAAGGGUCACUUGGGAAUGAAGAACAGAUAUCAAGCAAGAGACAUGUGGAGUCUCCUGUUGCUAGAGAAGUUUCAAGUUCAAACCCAGAACCAACAUUUGAUGAAAGAAGUAGGUCACCACCAAAACUAUUAAGGGUUCCAACUACUCUAGAGACACCGCCGUCAAGUGGGGAUAACAGUUCUGAACCGGUCCUAAUCCAGGAAAUGUCUGAAAAUGCAGAUAUAGAACCAAAAUCCAAAACUGAGGUACACUCGCCUGAAGUUACAACCUGUGCAAAGACAGAAGAUUUGGGGAAGCGAACAUUAACUGCUGCAGAUUCUAAACAAGAAAUGCACCCUCUCUCAUAUUCAUCAUCUGCUUUAAAGCAGGACAAGAAAAGCCGUUCUUGCUCCAGCUCAUCAUCCUCUUCCUCCAGAUCAGACUCUGAAGCUCGUCCUGAGAAACAAUCCCUGAAUGCUGAGUGCGCUGCUAAUGCAGCUUCAGUGGAGAGGGAACUUGGGCCUUUGACAGCGGAGCCCCCCACAGUAGAAGUACCACAGGGAGAGACACGCAGGAGACGGAGCUCAAGCUCGUCAUCUUCGUCAUCCUCUUCCUCAUCUGACUCAUCCUCAAGCUCCUCCUCUGAUUCUGACUCAUCCAGCUCCUCCUCCUCAUCCUCCUCGUCGUCCUCAUCCUCUGCAAAAUCGCAUCACAAAGCCAGCAAGAAGUGCACAUCACCUGCCCCCAGAAGCCCUCGGAAGCCCAUAGACUCCCUGAGAGAUUCUCGCUCCCUCAGUUACUCUCCUGCUGAGAGACGUCGCGCCUCCUCCCCUCCUCCAACCCACAGGAGAGAGAGGGAUUCUGGGAGAAGCAGGGACUCUCCUGACAGAAAACGCAGACGAGAUUCACCCAAGUCCAGAUACAGGCGAUCAUCCAGAUCUCCGUGAUACCACCCUCCCUGCCAUUCAGAAUGUGAUCCUUCCCUUAUGCUUCAUCUCGCCUUGGCGGCUGUUGGACUUGUUUGUUUUUGGGCGCAGCCUACAAGGAAUGCACUUGUAUUAUUUUGAGGACUCUUCCAGUUUCUGGUUUCUAGGAUCUGAGGCAGCUGAACUGACUGACUGAGGCGCACCUGUUCUGUUUGUCUCUCUCUGCGCGCACUACACUGCUGCCGACUAACACUCUGCUUGCCAGAGCUGUUGUAAUGUGAAUCUGCGCCCCUUUACCUGCGGAUGUCAUUGCCCAUUGAUGCCCCUCCCUCCCAUCAUUCAGCAGGAACAAUUUCAUAAGAAGUGAAUUUAAAAGUGAAACUUCUUGGGUUUUUUGUGUUUUAUUUUUUUUGUUUUUGUAAUCUGUACAGCAAAAAAAAAAAUCUUUCUGUCAAUAAAAGAUCGGGCAAACCCA